CGACGGGAAGGACACCUCAGCCCAACGCACUUGAAUAUGUCUGUCACUCUCCCGGAACCCUUUGCCUCCAUCCCUCGCAGCUCGCUCCUAUUCGGCCCGUCGCCCGUCCACCGCCUCGAUCGCAUAUCCGCUGAUCUGAGCCCCGACGGCAAGGUCCAGAUCUGGGCCAAGCGCGAGGACUGCAACUCUGGUCUGGCGUUCGGCGGAAACAAGACACGCAAACUCGAGUAUCUGUUGGCCGAUGCACUCGAGAAGGGGUGCGACACGCUGGUCUCGAUCGGUGGUGUGCAAAGCAACCACACGAGACAGGUCGCGGCGGUCGCUGCUAAAUCUGGGCUGAAGGCUAAGCUUGUGCAGGAGCACUGGGUCGACUGGACCGAUCCCGUGUACGACAAAGUGGGCAACCUGCAGCUCUCGAGACUGAUGGGCGCGGAGCCGCGUUUGGACCCGUCUACAUUCGGCAUCGAGCACAAACCGACGGCGGCGUCCCUCACCGCCGAAGUGAGUGCCGUCGGCGGGAAGCCAUACUACAUUCCAGCGGGUGCCAGCGACCACCCCCUGGGCGGGCUCGGCUUCGCACGAUGGGCUUUCGAAGUGGCCGCGCAGGAGGCCGAGCUCGGGGUCUUCUUCGAUACGGUCGUGGUGUGCGCCGUGACGGGCUCGACGCACGCGGGCAUGAUCGCGGGCUUCAAACUGCUCGAGAAGCGCGGCGGGCUGAAGCGCAAGGUCGUCGGAAUCGACGCGAGCGCGAAGCCGGCCGAGACGCGCGCACAGGUGCUUCGCAUCGCGCGCUUCACAGCGGCGAAGAUCGGGCUAGAGGAGAGCGAUAUCGCGGAGGAGGACGUGAUUCUCGACGAGCGGUACCACGCUGGCUGCUACGGCAUCCCGGACAAGCAGACGGUCGAGGCCAUCAAGUACGGCGCAAGCAUGGAUGCGUUCAUCACAGACCCGGUGUACGAGGGAAAGAGUUUGGCGGGCAUGGUGGACAUGGUCCGCAAGGGAGAGAUCUCGCAGGGCAACGUUCUCUACGCGCACCUCGGUGGGCAGCUGGCCCUGAAUGCCUAUUCCGGCAUGGAAGACAAGGUGUAAUGCAGAUCAUGGUGACGGAAGACAAAAAGCCGCCAGUGGCUUAUGUAAUGUAGUAGAUUAAGAUUUAAAUCUAUCAUGC